CCGCGCUUCUUCUGGAUACAGUAUGUUGGCCGCCAGUCAUUUCGUUAUCGCCGUUUCAGAUGGAAUCGCCCGAGAUGGUGCUACACCCGCACCAUCAAAUCGAGCCUUGCCCCAUCAACUACUAGCUCUGGUGUCCUUGCUGCUCUGUGCCGCCAUCUGCCGUUAUUCCCACGCGCGAAGCCAAUACUAUUGCCGGCGGCCACACACAGCUAUUGGUAGUGGUAGUAUCAAAUGCCAGCUAAGCACCAAUGGCUGGAUUGACUUCUGGCGGUCCUCUGUCACCGCUCAACGUGCCCUUGCCUUGUCCCUGGAUACCUACAGUAGAUAGUAUGUACCAUAGAAUGAGGGGGUGUCUGAUUCCUGCCGUGCCGUGGCCCAGCACAUGGCUUUAGCGC